UGGUGGUACUUGCAAGAUGGCCGCCACCCGCUUUGCCGGCGCAACACGAAGGAGCAGCCCUCACCCAUCGCUUCCGCAAAAGAAACUCAAAAACAAGCGUUCUUGACUCCUGGGACGGUACCGAGCUUUUUCUAGCCUCAAGCAGCGCCGCAGUGGCUGCCUGGGCGCCGACAACCUAUCUUCGCCACAUACAGAUAUAUCGGGAUAAAAAAAGAGGACACUGAAACUAAAAAAAUGGAUACAAGACAAACAAGCCGCAAGGAACAGGUGAUGGAUCUUAUAAGGACGUCACUUCGGACAAACCUCCAAUUGACGCUUAGCAUCGUUGCAAUCGUCCUGGGAGUGAUCAUUGGCUACACAGUAGGCAUUGCAGAACCAAGCGAUGAUGCCGUCACUCUCAUAUCCGUGCCAGGGGAGAUUCUGCUUCGCAUGUACAAGAUGUUGACUUUGCCCCUGGUUGUAUCUUCUGUUAUCUCAGCUAUGGCAAGAGUUCAGCUUCGUACAGCAGGACAGAUGUUCUUGAGGAUGAUUUUCUACUACGUGUUCAGCACCUUCGCUGCCGCAGUUAUCGGUAUUAUCAUGGUCUCCAUCUUUAGACCAGGAGAACAGAUCAUGGAAAGAGACGUCAGCAAGGUGGAUGUUUCUGCAUUAGACAGCUUCCUCGAUUUCAUCACGAACUUCUUCCCGGAGAACUUAAUCCGAGCCUUCUUCCAACUGCAUCGCACCGUCCGCUCCCUCGUACCACCAAAGGUCGUGCCAGUGAACGGCACGGAUGCCAAUUUUACCGACCAGCUGGUGGUGGAGAGGCAUAAGGAGUUUUCGGAUGGCAUGAACAUUUUUGGAACGGUAGUCUUCUGUUCCGUCUUCGGUCUCGCCGCCGGGCACCUGGGCGAGACCUGCGAGGUGAUGGUAGAGUUCUUCAGCCUCCUCAAUGUCCUCUGCAUGAAGUUAGCCUACAUCGUCAUGUGGUACUUCCCCAUUGGCGUUAUUUUCCUCCUCAGUAGCGCCAUUAUCCGUGGUGACGAACUGGGUGAACACGUCGGUCACGUGGGCAUUUAUAUCGCCACUGUUAUGACAGGGUUGGCUUUUCACUCGAUGGUCAUUUUGCCGACCAUGUACUACGCGAUGGUACGCAAGAACCCUCUCAUGUUUGCUAAGGAUCUGCUACAUGCAUUCGUCACUGCCUUUGGGACUUCUGACAGUGUGGCGACGCUCCCCGUGACCUACAUGUGCUUGGAGCAGAAGAACAAGCUGGAUAAACGUGUGACCCGUUUCGUCAUGCCCAUCGCUUCUGCCUUCAACCUGGAUGGAACGGCUCUUUAUGUGGCCAUAGGCACCGUCUUCCUGGCUAACCUUAGUGGCGUUCCAGUGGACUUCGCUCACUACCUUGCAGUGUGCGUCUCAGCGACACUGACCAGUUUCGCCCUUCGUGGGAUACCCAAUGCCGGAGUCAUCACUGUGAUCCUUGUGCUCAAAGCCGGAGGUGUGGGACCAACAAACAUUGGACUACUACUCGCUGUUGAUUGGAUCAUGAACCGGUGCCGUACAGUAGUGAAUGUGUUCAGCCAGGCCAUUGCUACCGCCAUCGUUCAUACUUACGUCGAGGGAGAACUGAGGAAGAGGCAGGACGUCCUGGCUGACUGGGGUGAGGACGAAACGUGCCUUACGCGAAGAAAAUACAGCGUACGAUGAGCUCAAGCACCAGACGAACCAUCAUCAAACGUCAUCACCUGCGGUCAAAUCCAUCCGUCAGUCUCCUGCAUCUCAUUUGUGUGCGCUUGUUUGUGGUUGCACGUUUCUUUAAGGAGUACACACGAGUACGUUUGAAAUAUAUAUGUGUCUUAUGUACAUAACAUGCGCGGAAGAUUCUGACAAUAGAGUUGGGCUUUGAGUUUCUGACACUCACAGAGGUGACUCAUUUUACCCAGGACAUUUAGUUUCUGAUUAAAGGAACACGUGCAUUCUGAGACACGACAAUAAAUGUAGGCGUCUUG